UUGUCCUGUCAGAGCCACAGGGAGACGCACCUCUACCUGUCUGCCUGUCUGCCUGUCCGUCUUUCUGCUUCGACGCCGCAAGAGUGUGAGAGCCAAACCAGGGGCGAAGAGGGACACUUGCCGCCCAUGUCAUCUUCACCCUCCCCGGGUGCCCGUGGCGGACCACCGCUGCAUGUGGCCAUACUGGCGGGAGCCGUGGCGGGGAGCAUCGAGCCUUUGGUUUCCUUUCCGUUCGAAUACCUCAAGACGGCCCAACAGCUCCACGGGGCGCCAAUGGCGGCCACUACCGUCGUUGCCGGAGCAAAGGCAGGCGCAAGACAUGGACCCCUCUACGUUGCUCGAGAGAUUCUUCAAGCACCUGGUGCGCGAGGUUGGAGGUCGCUGUACCGAGGUGUGGGCGUGGUCAGCACGGGAGGCGCAGCCAAGGCCGUCGUACGAUUCACGACGUACGACCGGGUCAAGAAUGCCCUCAAGACACCAGAAGGCUCCUUGAGCGGGCCCUCGAGUCUGGCAGCCGGUCUCUGCGCUGGUGUAGCCGAGGCGCUCUUUGUUGUGAUCCCAUCCGAGACGAUCAAGACUCGUGUGGUGCAGAGCAGCUUGCCAGGCGCGCAAACGCCUUACGGCAAUGGAUCGUUUGCCGUUGCCCGAGAGCUGUGGGCCCAGUCGGGCUUCCGCGGCAUCUAUGCCGGCGCGUGGGCGACGCUGGCGAGACAGGGCACCAAUGCGGCCGUGCGCUUUGGAAGCUAUUCGACACUGCGAAACCUUGUCCAAGGCAGCACCCGACCGGGCCAGAAGCUACCGGGAGGCGUCACCUUUAGCAUUGGCGCGGCCUCUGGCGUCGCCACCGUCUAUCUCUCGAUGCCAUUUGAGUGAGUCGAUUGUGCUUCUCCUUCCGCCGACGGGUGAAAAUCAGAACAAGAGGAGCGGGAGAAGGAGGAGCUAGAGCAAUGGGCACGACUUCUCACUAUACUGAAAUUUGCCGAAACGUCAGCGUCGUCAAGACAAGGAUGCAGUCGCUGCAGGCCCGCUCCCGGUACAGGAACUCGUUCUGGUGCGCCAUUCAUACGGCCCAGGAAGAGGGCGUCCGUGCACUCUGGAGGGGCUCCACC